UGUUAAUUUAAUAAAAUUAUUGUUUUUCUUAGGAGGGAAAAAAAUGAAGAAUUAAUUUUAUUCCUAUUAUCCUCGCCAGACGUCUUUUCCUAGCUCGACGCUUGCGCAGCCAGAUUGGAAGUAGAUGCGGAUUUCUGUUGACGUAAUACCGGCUUCCACUUCCGAUUGGUUCGUUACGAAUGGGUUGUUCGCACGUGUACCGAUGGAAAUCGUUCUGACGAUAUUUUACUUGAGGUUACAGGUGUUUUUGAUGUGAUUCCGAGUAUUUAUUUAGCGUCUGUUAUCCACUUUCGACGUAAACAAGUUUCUUAAUCGAUCAAGAGUAUACGAUUUCGCGAAAAGAUCGAAGAUCGAACGUUCCGCAGCUCAUCGGCACACCCGGCUUCCGACCCUACAAAAGACAAAAUUGAAUAAAAAAAUGGAAGUUGCAGAAAUGAAAAAUAAUCCUUCUUCACCAAACUAUUCCAUAAUAUUUGAUUUUGAGAAAGAUUUUGACCAGAGACUGAAGAGAGAAUGGAUGGUAAAUCACUGGCAUCAGGCAUUUUAUUAUGUAGCAAUAUACAUGUUUUUGGUUUUUGGAGGGCAAGCCUACAUGCAGUUGCGGCCACCCUUUCAACUACGACGCCUUCUGACGGCUUGGAAUGUCUUUCUUGCAGUUUUUAGCAUCUUUGGUGCACUGCGAACCCUUCCGGAAUUUCUUCACGUCCUGCGUGAAUUCGGCUUCACGUAUUCUGUCUGCAAUCCCAGUUUUAUUGAGGAGACCAAAGUGAGUGGAUUUUGGACAUGGAUGUUCACCCUUUCCAAGCUUCCAGAACUUGGUGAUACAAUUUUUAUUAUUCUAAGAAAGCAAAAUUUGAUUUUCCUUCACUGGUAUCAUCAUAUGACUGUAUUACUUUUUGCUUGGUAUAGUUACACAGAACAUAUUGCUCCAGCAAGAUGGUUCAUGGUAAUGAACUAUGUCGUACAUUCCUUUAUGUAUACGUAUUACGCUAUGAGAGCAAUGCGAAUUCACAUUCCACGUAGUAUUGCCAUGAUGAUUACCUCGUCUCAAAUCCUCCAAAUGAUAGCGGGUGGUAUCGUUAGUUACUGGGCCUAUCAAGUUCGUCUUCGAGGCGAUUUCUGUCAGAUAUCUGUAGACACAGCCAAAUUGGCUGUUUUGAUGUAUCUUUCUUAUUUUGUACUCUUUGCUAAGUACUUUUAUAAUGCUUACAUUUUACCAAAACGUGAACGUGACAUUAUACAGAAGAAAAAGUCAGAUUGAGAGGAGUAGAAAUAUUAAUCUAUACUACCAAGUAUUUUUAAUUUCGCGAUUUAAACAUAGAGAAAUUGUUCCAUUUAAAAACCAAAAAAUGUCACAAUCAUUCAAAUGUUAGUGAACAAAAAUGUUGACAUUCCCGAUAGUAAUGCAGAAUACAGCAUUUAUCUUUAUAGUCCGUCUUUAGAUAAAACAUUAUUAUUCUCCACAUGCAGUGUAAAAAUGCAAAGUAGUUUGUUCAGCUGUACAAUCCGAAUUUACACAUCGGUGCUGUUGAUACAGACUCAUUAGCUAAAGUCAACAUCCACCUAUAUAUUAUAUAUAUAGUAACUUUUUGUAAUCUCAGAAUGUUUUAUGCACGUUUAAAACUGCUCUUAUACUGUUUAACGUUACAUAAAAAGUUUUAGGCGUACAAAAAGUUAUCGAGUAGGAUUGGCACGAUUCAAAAUUUCUCUAUCUUCCAUGGAUGAUACUGUUAACAUUUUAAUAAUUGCCAUUAUUAAUAUAUACAUAUAUUAUAUUGCAUGUAUAUAGAUGAGCAUUAUUUUUAUUAUUAGAAAAUGCUUUAAUUUAUAAUUUUUAAAUUUUAUAAGAAGUAAAAUUUGCUUAUUUUCUUCCUUCUUGUAGGAUAACCUUUUCUAUGCAUUAAUAACUAUAUUAGACCAGUUAUAAAUUGUUACUAAUACUGGUAUAAAUCCAUAAGAAAAUUAGAAGUAGAUUUUUAUAUUUAAAAAGCACCAUAGAGAUAGAGAAAAUGUAAGAAGAAACAAAAAAACUUUAAUACGUUACUUCUACUACAACGUAUUUUUGUUCAAGUCCAGAUAUAGUCACGUUUCACGUAUUUCUCAGUACUAUCAUGGUUUAAUCCAAACUACCAGGGGGCCAUUCAUGAACGUUAUGUGAUACAUAACCAAAUAUCUACAUUUCAUUUCUGACAGCUACAGAAAUUCAAUAAUAAUUUGUUUUUGUGUUAACAUGACAAAUAAUUAAAUUAUGGCUCUUUCUGAAUUGUUAAGUUGUGAAUAUUAAAUUUUUAGUAACUAUAGCUAACCUUCAAAAAUAUUAAUUCCUAUCCAAUAGGUUUACUAUAGAUGUGCCAUUACGACAUUUAUUUCUCAUGGACAUACAUAUUAUUAUUAAAGUAUAAUUAACUUCUAAGUUUGUAUAUAUUUAUACAUAUAUUUAUGUAUCUUAUCUUCUUAUUUUUAUUGUUAUGUUAUCUACUUAUUUAUGUUAUAUAAGUGAAACACAUAACUUUCAAACAUGUUAUUAUGUAAAGUAAAUUAUAUAAACUUUUGUAUUUUUAUUUAAAAUAUUGGUUUUCCAUUUUUAAAAUGCAUUUAACAAUUAUAUAAUUUUUCCAAAUAUGGAGAAGAGAAGACAUUCUUCAUAUUUGAAAUUGCCAAACUUUAAACAUUCUUAAAUGACAGUUUGCCCUUUUUUAUUGCCAAUAAUUUAAUCAUUGUCGGUAACAACUUAUUUGUAAGAAAGACAAAGAACUACAAAAAGUAAGUCCCGUUGAUGCUUACGAUAGAGAAAAUUGUACAUAGAGAAUGGAAAAAUGUAUAUAGAGAAUGCAGCCAGUUUUUGUAAACUCACUUUGAGAUUCUAUUUGUAUAUUUAUAAGAAAGCAUAAGUCAUGUUUGAAUUUGGUAUGGAAACGCUUGAAUAUGUAAAGGUGUAUUGAUCCAAAAUAUUUGGAACAAUUACUCCCACUAUGUAUUUAAUGUAGUUCAUUCCCUCCAAUAUAUAUAUAUAAUAUAUAUACAUAUAUUAAGAUAUAUUAAAAAAUUAGAAAUAA